AUGGCCGAUGUUAUGGAAGAAAGUCCCAGUAAGCUGCUGGCGGCUUACAACAAGCUUAAACAACGUUUUGCCGAAUUGACGAACGAGAACCAGAAUCUGUGUCAGGAAAAUUAUGAUCUCAAGCGCAACUUGCAGUCGUUGACUCAGACGAACGAUUUUCUCUCGGGUGAGGUAGAGUCCGUGGCCAACGAAUUACGAGACAAGCUGGCGUCCGAGCAUUUCUUGGUCAACAAGCUGACCGAAGAGUUGCAGCUAGCUAAGGCCAGCUCGAAGGAGACAACGGAACAACUCGAACAGGACGUCGAUCGGAUGCGAAAUGAGAUAAACCAGCUUAAACAAGACAUUACUGAUGCUGAAGAACGAGCCCUCGUCGCUCACGUCGGUACUAGCAACGCCUCACACAGCGAUUCACUGCAGAUCAAAAGCUUUGAGAUGGAGGAAGAGAUCGCCUCAUUGAAGAUUCAACUGGAACGGACAGAGAUGUGUCUGCAGCAGGCAAACUUAGAAAUUGCUAGAUUAUCCAACGAAAACGCUGAACAUAGCGAACGGUACAGUUCGCUGCGGGGCAAUUAUGAUAGUAAAAAGGAGGAGUUGGAGGAGAUGAAGAAUCUCCUCGAAAUGGCCCAAGAACAGGCGUCUGUUCUGGCUUCUGAAAUUGCUUCAAUGCGUUCCAAUCCGGAAAAUGAUUUGAGCAAAAAAGGCAACUCACUGUUUGCAGAAGUGGAUGAUCAACGUAAAAAGAUGAUUGGAAUCAUUAAGAACAUUAAGGAUCGAUACAACGAUCUCAAGAUGGAGCAUCGCAAUUGUCCGGCAAAGAUUCGUCAGCUGAGAAACAUGAACGACAGUCUGGCUCGAGACUUGAAGCCCUAUAUGAGUCGGUUUUAUCAGGCGGAGAGUAAAUUCCGGGAGGCGCUGUUGGAGCAGAUAACCGACCUGAGCACACAACUGCAGAAAGCGAAGGAGCGGAACAAGUUUCUAGAAAAACAGUUGUGUGGCAACAGCGCGGAAUGGGUCAACUCUCUUACGGAUUAUUAUAAAGCGCAAACGGACAGCCUGGAGGCGCGAUUGAAGGUGUUCCAAUUUAAGCAUCGGCUCGCCGAAGAGGAUCACUGGUUGGCUAAGAAAGAUCUUUGCAAGUGGCGCACCGAAGCUCUUCGACUGAAGCAACUGGAAUGUAUCCAACAAUUGGAGAAACUGGAUCAUGAAAACGACGAAAACGAUUUUCCUGCAUUGAAGAAUGACCUUGAGGCGAAUGCUGCUGAUCGUUCGGCCAAUGCAGAACCUGUUGUGGUAUCGACUGCCUCUAUAAAAACCGAAAGUACGGACUCUCUAUCCCGAGUGAUGAAAACGGAACUUUUGUCCGACGAAUCGGGUCCCGAAGAUGGGCAGUUGGAUGUGAAAUUUGCAAAGGUAUUGAAAGUUGAACCCGUUUUUAAUAACUCACAGUGGAAUGUUCCUCCAAUCCAAGCUAACAAUACUGUGCCAGACAAAAAAGUGUUCAAUCCAGUAUGCAUAGACCAAUCGCCGAAUGUGUGCGCUGGUGUGUUACAGCCUACUAAGGAAGCGAAUGGCACCGAUGCCGGUAAACCAACCCCAAGCGAAAACCACGACAUAGUGACUUGCGACAGUAAAUCACAUUUGUCCAUCAAGACUAGCUCAGUCACUAUAAAGCGGAUUAAAAUCGGAUGCGGAGGAACACUACCGAAGGAAUGAAUUGA